UCUCCACUGCAGAGCCGCAGCGCUCCGUCUAUAAAGCUUCUCUAUGUCUUCUCCUGCAGGCUGUGAGGUUUGAUUUUAGUUGUUUUGUUGUGUUUGUUUUUAAUGAUUGCGGAUCAUUGAGUUCAGUGCCGUUUUAAAUGACGCAGUGACGGAUUGAAGGAGGAGGAAUCAGGAGUUUUUACGCGUGAAUUAUGAGAAAAGUGGAGCUGUGAUUUUUUGUUUUGUUUUGUUUUAUCAUUUUUUUUCUUACCAAUUCGACAGCUGAUAAGUCAGGAGGAGAUGGAGAACAAGGCCAUGUAUCUGAGCACGUAUGAGGAGAGAGAAAACGGCUCCAUGUAUGAAGAGGCCUACGAUGGACACAACCUGUCCAAACUCAACCUGUGUGAUGAAGGUUCUGGAAAGCGUCGCAGGAAACAGGACCAGUGCUGUGGUCACCUGAACUCACUGUCGGCCAUCAAGUACGCCAUCGUCUCCCUCUACAUCCUGGUUCUCCUCACCAUCUUUGGACUCUGCCUGACAGUCUCUCGCUCCCAGGUGUCUUCUCAGCAGCAGGACGUGCUGCUGGAGAACGUGACCCGCAUGUCGGAGCACUCGCGGCUGCUCCAGCAGACGCUGGGCGAGCCGUCCACUCAGGCAGACCUGCUGGAGAACAUCUGGAAACUGGAGAACCUCUUCCAGAACCACAGUGACUGGCUGCACAGGCUGGAGAUCCUCAUCAAGAGUGUGGAAAUCGAGCUGCGGAGCGCCCAGGCUUACUCUCUCCAGUCCGAGGGCUACCUGGUGCAGCUGGACGACAGAUUGUCCUCACUGAGCAGCUCCGCCACCAGAAAUCUCACAGGCUUGAUCACAGAGGUGACGCGGGCGUCCGCCUGGCUCCGAGACCACGACCACCUGCUCCGCGAGAACUCGGGGAAGGUGAGCGGCCUCAGAGAGAAGCUGGACGAGGUCAACUGGACGGUGGGAGCUGUCAAUCACACGUUCAGCAACGACAUCAACGUUCACAACCUGAAGAUCCAGGACUUACAGAUCCAGAUCAGCAACAUAACGGAGGACACCAGCAAUUUAUGGGUGACCCACAUCCACACGGAGGCUCAGCUGAGGAACGAGAUGGAGAUCCUCAACACGAUCACGGAGGACCUUCGUCUGAAGGACUGGGAGCACUCCAUGACCCUGAAGAACCUCACCAUAUUCGAAGGGCCUCCAGGACCAAAAGGAGAGAAAGGUGAUACUGGACCACUUGGGCCCCCUGGGGCCCCUGGGUUUACAGGCUUGAGAGGGUUCACGGGAGAAAAAGGCAUCCAAGGCCUUCGUGGUGCGAAAGGCUCGGUCGGGGUUGAAGGUCUUCAGGGAGAAAAGGGAGACGUCGGACCUGCCGGGCCCAGAGGUGAAAGAGGAGACCGAGGGAUGAAGGGGGAAAAAGGGGACCGAGGCGACGGAGGCGAGAAAACAGUGGAGGAGACCGUGGUGCGCUUGGUCAACGGUUCGGGUCCUCACGAAGGACGCGUGGAGGUUUUCCACGAACGCCGCUGGGGGACGGUGUGUGACGACGUCUGGGACAAAAAGGACGGAGACGUGGUGUGUAGGAUGCUGGGAUACCGGGGAGCCACAGAGGUCCAUAAGACUGGACGCUUCGGAAAAGGUACUGGUCUGAUCUGGAUGGACGACGUGGCAUGCACAGGGACCGAGGACAACAUCCACCAGUGCAAGUUUUCCGGCUGGGGCAAAACCAACUGUGGCCACGUCGAGGACGCCGGCGUAACCUGCGCCGUCUAAGACCCCACGGUGAUCCCAGAGCGUGCUGCAGCGGUGGAACAUCUUCUCAAACAAAAAGUGCCUUAAUAUUCAAAGACGCCACAAGGUGCACGACGUCCUACUGGCUGUUCUUUCUCUUAAAAAAAAACAAAAAGUGACUGUUGUAGCCACAGGACUGAAGCGUGUGGCUGUGAUGGAGACGCACAGAGCGACAAAAUUCUGCUUUUGACACUGACUGCAUAGUAAGAGUUGCUACACAGACAGAUGACCACACAACAAGACUUUUCAUCAGGACUGAAUUACAGAGCUCAUCUGUCUUCAAUGAAGGAUCAGAGGUCAGCGUUUAUACGAGCGGGGCGAGGUUGACCUCGGAGGCUGCUCUGGGUUCAGCUGCUUGUCUCCCAGUGUGGUGUCGAACUGAUGCAACAAAGAUUCCCAAUGGAAGAGACCGCGUUGCAAAGCAAAGCAAUGGCACACAAUGAAACUGAUCAACUGUGUCACUGAUGAACUGAUUUCUUUCCAUUUACAGGCAGCUGCUCCUCUCAGUAUUAUGAAACGAAGGCUUUCACUCAGCAACAGCGCUGCUUUCUCUUAUAUUCUCUCAGUACGACGCCGUCGUCUGUGCUUUACAGCCGUGACAAAGCCGGGGUAGAGGCAUCAUAUGUUUGUCAGUGUUGAUCAAUAAUUCCACAAACAUCUUCUCAGUAUAAUAUGAAUCAAGCGAUCUCAGCGUGAACCAAACUUCUGCGGCUCUGGUUUCAGCCUCAGGGGGGAGAACUGGCCCCCGAUGAAAGAAAUUAAAAGUCUAGUUUUUAAUAAUUAUCUUCUUCCCAGAAGGCAAAUCCUUUUCUCAAGUGGCCUUAAGAAACUAGAAAGGAUUUCAUUCUUCUUCAUUUGCGCAGGGAGGUUCUACCGUGAAAACAAAGAAACUCUGCAGCUAACAGUUUCUGUAAAUGAGUAAGAGUCACCGCGGUUGACGGAUGAAAUGAUUGUGAGGAAGAGACAACAGAUGAGUGUAAACAGAUGGAUGAUGCGUGGACGCUUGCCUUGCACAAUUUACAACACGGAGUCUGUCAGUGUCUGCGGCCCAGGGUUGGCUUGUUUCACACACACACACACACACACUAAACCAAGCAUAGCAUACAAGCCAUUUCUUCUAAUUUUUUCUAAUUUUUUAUUCCCCUCUCAGUAGGUUUUAAUCGUUCAAGCUGAUCUCAGAUCCCACAGAGUUGGUACCUCCCAAGUGUCCUGGCUCCCUUUCACUUCUGAGCUUUAAGAGAACUCACCAAACCGCAGUUUGGAAUUAAACGCAUGCCGUAACCCUUCUCUUCACACAGCCAUGAUUCAUAUAUACCAACACUUUUAGUGCACCUUAAAUACUGGCAAACGCACAACACUAACAGUUUCCUCCCAGUGGAGCUGCAGUGGAGUUCCCUUCGCUCUUAUAAUCUGUGGUAAAGUCUGUCUGUUUAAACCAUCCCAGUUUUGGAGAACGAGACUCUGCACAGCACAGUUAUGAAUUUAACGUUUCAUGGCACCACAUAAGGAAAUUUUCUACCUGAGUGUUUGAUGGCUCUUCCUGUUCUAAAACCACAAGUCUGCCAGAUAAAAAAGAUGAAUUAAAGAAGGAAAAGAGAGGAAAUGAGAGUCUGUGGGGGGAAAAAAAAGGAAAAUUAGGUGAGGAUCCAAAAACUCAACAGACCGGUUUCCCAACUCACAAAGGGGAAUUGUGAGUGGGUAACAAUUUAUUCUUUGAGUAUUUUCCUUCCAAAGGUUGAUUGGAUAACUCCAUCAAACUGUAAUUUGUUCAACAUCCGAUGAUGAAAUGAAGUUGUGGUACACACAAAAAAAAUCACCACAUGUCUUUUUAUUGCUUGUUUUGUUGACGAGCAUUGACAAAUCUUUGGUUGAGCGGGAAGGGAGAUUAUUUUCUUUUUCAAAAUUAUGCGCUCGUCUUUUAAAGGUCCAGUGUGUAAAAUUUAGGUGAUAUUAUUUCAAUCAAAGUAUUUGUAAUUCAAUUUUGAUUGUAAACCAUCUAAUUGUAAGAUUAAUUGUUAUUCAUUACUCCAUUACUCCAGGUCAGGUCUGCGGUGCUCCAUGUUUUUACAUGUUUUAGCCCACAAUGGACAAAGUAGAUAUCCUCUGAGUUUUGAUGCAAACUGAAGGCAACAUAUAUGUUUUCUAAAGCUGUGUUCACACCGGACGCGGCACGAAUUUGUCAUGUGACAGGUUUACAUUACAAAAUCAAUGCACAGAUGCAAUACUCACGUCAGCCAGGCAAAAAUCGUGCUCAUCGCAUCUAUCGCACAAAACGCUCAAGGUAUACAAAGCUAUACAACACUUUAUCUCUUGUGGAAAUACGCCUGCGGAGCAGAAACCGUCGUCUUGUGUGGUUUCACAACACACCGUACGGAGCCGGACACAACUUGGCGAGUUUCACUGUUAACUUCGGGAGCUCCAUAUGGAUGAUAUGGAUGCCGCUUCCAGCGAUACUUUUGCGUGAUGAGCUCCCGAAGUUAGCGGUGAAACUCCGGCUCCCUAUGGUGUUGUGAAACCACACAAGACGACGGUUUCUUCUCUGCAGAUGUUUCCACAACAGAGAGCACAACGCUUUGGUGGAUGGUAAAAACAAAAGCCCUUUACUUCUGUUUAAAAUACGGCGACUUGCGGCCAUCGGGUCACAAAAUGUACAAAAUGUGAUGGCCACGUUUGGUGUGAACAACUCAAUUUUACACACUGGACCUUUAAACACAGGGAGAGACUUCAUCAGCAUUGUGUGUGAACUGAUUUGUCAAUGGUUUGAAUGUAAAGGACAUUUGUUUAGAUUUGAAAUAUGACGCACUACAGCUUUAAGACCUGUGGAGUUUCCUCUUUCUUCGGCAUUAAACAGAUUAUAACAUCCUGCCACACAGGACUAUGAAGACUGGAGUAUUCUAACAGCAUAAAUGAAAUGAGAUUAUUGUUGCACAUUAUUCUUCAGACCUGACGUUGUGUUCGUUCGCAGGAGGCUUUAAUUAAAGCAGCUUCUGCUGCUGUUGGACGUCAAAAACUGUUGUGAUGUUAUGAUUCACUGACUGGUCAGACUCUGCUCCUCUGACCUCUGAGAUCAAUGCUUCAAGCCUCACGGGGUCAAAUAUCUCAAAAACCUUUGUAAAUACGAAUCAACCCCUUUUAAAACAAGACCACUUUUUUUUUUUUUUUAAACCAAGUCGACUUACAUAUAAAUGAUUUUUAAGUGAUUUGUUUGGUUUAAACUGUUCUGCAUAUACACAUAUGUUUAUUUCACUGUGUUGGACAUAACAUAUUAUUAACAAUAAGGGCUACAGAGUAUACUGAGUACAGAAGAAGUACACGCUUACAUGAAACAUGAACAUUUCUAGAAAAUACACCAACUUUUUUGUACUUUUUGUACCACUAAAAUGUUGUAUAUGCACUGCUGAAAUAAUAAAACAUAGAUUUGUUUACA